UACGGGACUUGGACCUCUGUCCUGCGUGGUUUUUGAACCGACCUUCGUGCAGGCAUGUCAGGCUCCAGUCCUCCACCCCCCUCGGAGGAUGCUGUGGUAUCUGCGGGGUGUUUCCCCCCCGGAUACAAGCCUUUUAACCCCGAAGAGCACGGCCUGGAUCGCGGGUUCCGUCUCACCGCCUUCUCGGACCUAAAGGGAUGAGGAUGCAAGGUCCCGCAGGAGGCUCUGCUCAAACUCCUGUCGGGACUCGAACCGGACCGGACCGACGGCUCGGGGAAAGCCGAAGACCAAGCCUCGCAGUUCGUUGAACAGUUGCCCGGCCCGCGGCUUGGUAUUGGGUUGGACAGUUGUGUGAUCCCCAUAAGACAUGGAGGCCUGUCCCUGGUCCAAACCACUGAUUUCUUUUACCCUCUCGUUGAAGAUCCGUACAUGAUGGGGAGGAUAGCGUGCUGCAACGUCCUCAGUGAUCUUUACGCCAUGGGCAUCACGGAGUGCGACAACAUGUUGAUGCUGCUGAGCGUCAGCCAGAAGAUGAACGAGAAGGACCGAGAGCGAGUGAUGCCGCUGAUGAUUCGCGGGUUUCGAGACGCCGCAGAGGAAGGCGGGACGUCGGUGACCGGCGGUCAGACGGUCGUCAACCCCUGGAUCAUCAUCGGAGGCGUCGCGUCCGUCGUCUGCCAGACCAACGAGUUCAUCAUGCCUGACGGCGCCGUGCCGGGGGACGUCCUGGUUCUGACCAAACCUCUGGGGACUCAGGUGGCGGUGAACGCUCACCAGUGGCUCGAACAGCCUGAAAGGUGGAACAAGAUCAAGCUCGUCGUCACCAAAGAGGAAGUUAAAGAGGCGUACCACGAGGCCAUGUUCUCCAUGGCCACGCUAAACCAAACAGCGGCACGCCUAAUGCACAAGUACCAGGCUCACGCCGCGACAGACGUGACGGGCUUCGGUUUGCUGGGACACGCCAACAACCUGGCGGCGCAGCAGAAGAACGAGGUGGCCUUCGUUAUCCACAACCUGCCGAUCAUCGCCAAGAUGAGCGCCAUCAGUAAAGCCGGAGGAAACCUGUUCAGCCUGCUCCAGGGCAGAUCGUCCGAGACCUCCGGUGGACUGCUGGUGUGUCUUCCGAGGGAGCAGGCGGCUAAGUUUUGCUCGGAGAUGAAGAGUCACAACUCGGCGGCAGGAGGCUCCUCCAACGGCGCAUGGAUCAUUGGAAUCGUAGAGAAAGGCGACCGCUGCGCUCGCAUCAUCGACAAGCCUCGCAUCAUCGAGGUGCCGCCGCGAGGCAGCCAGGCAUCGAACCAGGAGAACAGCACCCCCAACCUGGACCUGAGCAGCAGCCUGUCGUAGUCUGGCACCGUUCAGACGACCAAAAGUACCGUCGACAAACAAACCUUUCAGCUUCGUUAUCAAGAAUCCAGGGUGGCCACGCCCUGUUUUAUCUUUUUUUUUUUUACUUAUUUAAUUUUUUUAAUGUUUUGUUGACAUUGUGGAGCGCCUGGCUCUGCCCUCGUCUCAUUGGAAGGCUUGAGCAGCUUCCUUUGAUCAGCGGGGCAGCGGAUUGGCUGUCCAGCACUAAGCCCCUCCCACUUUUCCUUCAUAAUGAAGCUCUGCGUACUAAACCCCGACCGGGGCCAGGUGGAGCUGAUGUUUGUCUGGAGCAGUGGUUGGGCUGACCGUGCUGGAGGUUUAAAGCAUGUUUUUGUAGAUUUUUUUUUGCUUUUCACAAUCAAUAAAACCAUCGACUCGGA